AACUGACGUGUCCGAUUACUCUUAUAGGGUCUCGAGUGGCUCCUGUAGCAGGAAGAUCCGGACUUUCCCACAGUUGACAAGGAAGUAAAGCUGUGGGAAAAGAUGAGAACAGACUAUCACCUGUACAUACAGACGGUAACCGGAUGGCGCAGUAUGGACAUAUCACACCUUGUCACCGGGGGUAUACUCGCGGACGAUAUGUUUCGUGCUCGCUCGCCAGCUCGUCAUCGCCCAUGGGAAUGCUGUCUAGUGCGUGUAGGGCAUGGACGUUCAGAUUUCCCACAAGCUGUGUUUUUUCCAGCGUCCAUCAAUCGCAUGGAUGCGACCUGGUGGACGCCGGAGGGGGACGUUGCUGGCGUGCGUCGUUGCCGCCUCCGACAGGUUCGGCGCCUCGAUCGUGUACAGCUUGUUUUUGAGGACAGCGUUCAGGAGCGCGUGUUGGAGGUGCAGAAUAGGAAGCGUGCGUCGGUGAUAGCCGAGCUCGGCGAGGGUGCAAUGGAAAGGACGCACGAGGAUAUCAAGGCUGUGCUGGCUGAAGAUGAGUCCCACGAUGACGAGGCGGACGAAGAUGACCCCAAAGACAAUAAGUUUAAACGGCCGAGCUCGGUGAGGGCGGAAUGGCACUGAGGUUGAUGGUAUCAAGGCUGUGAUAGCUGGUGAUGGAUCGAAAGUUGAUGAGAGAGUAUGGGCCAUUUGCAAAUGAUGAAUAUAAGGGGUAGAUAAACACAACAAUAGUAUUCAAUACAGUAG